GGCCAUUUAUGACUCCUCGUCAACACGCGCAAUGCGUCAAGAACCUCGCACAGAUGAUUGUCGACAUGGCGAGGCUGCCAUUCCCAGCAUUCGGGAGCCUAUAUUUCUCAGAUGCUCCAGUUGACUCUAAGCUGAGGACCAAGUUUGCAGAUGGCUUCUGCAUAGGCCCUCACUGCGGUCGGAGCUAUUGGGAUUGCAAUAUUGGAGAAAAGAGGUUCUAUGAGGAAAGACCUGCCAAUCAAGGACCUUGGACUGAUCUCGACGCCUUCUCCACUGGCCUGAUCGGUGUAGGCUUUUCCCGGAUUCCAAACGCUGAUCCAAAAGGAGCCACGCUUCCGUAUCGCGGCUCCGUACAAGAGCAUCGGCGGUUACUGGUUCUCAGUGACCAAAUUCUCAAGGCGCUGGCUACGACGCCACUCAUUCAAGACGUGGCGUCACCAACUCUGAUCCAUCCAGACUUCCACAGCAGGAACGUGUUCGUUUCAGAUGAAGACCCGACCUCCAUCACCGCCAUCAUCGACUGGCAGUCAACCAGCAUCGAGCCCACCUUCGUCUACGCCGACCAGAGACCAGACUUCGCCUAUCACCCAGGUGCGGCGUUCUUAGGGAAGCGGAUGAACAGCGAUAACGCGAAGGUUGAUGAAAAAAACUUGGUCGAGAACAUCACAGACGAGGUUGCCCUAAAGUUACUCGAGAAGGACAUCUCGACCUGCGUGAAGAUUUUCGAGACUAUGCUAGUCAUGGUCCCGAAGGUCCAUGCUUCGCGCGUGAUGGAUGAGGCCCUUCUCCGGGUGUUUCGAUAUUGCGACGGAGGAUGGGUGUAUAGUGCGGCGGGCUUGCGACAGGAACUCAUCGAGCUCUCAAAACGCUGGAAAGAGCUUGGGCUACCGGACGAAUGUCCGUAUCAACCCACACCUGAGGAGCUUGCUGAGCAUAGGAAGGAGUACGAGGAUUUCGAAGCGCGGCAGAGCCUCGUAACAAAGUGUGAGAAUUACCUAGGGGCGACUUAUGAUGGCUGGGUGGCUGCUGAGCACUGGGAGAUGGCGGAGGGUAGGCACAAGGAGAUGUAUGAUACGUGGAUUGAGGGGAGCAAGGGAAAUGCGGAGGACGAAGAGAGAGCGGCGUUGUUAUGGCCGUUUCCCCCCAAUGUUGGGCAGAAGGGAAGUCAAGAGGUUGUGGUAGUUGACGUCUAGGACGGCGUAUGGCUUCAGAGCGAAGUUUCCAGGAGCAUGACUACAAAGAUGUGUCUACCAAUCCACAUCAUCUAUGAUAAGGCGCUUCAAUAUCAGACCAUCGACACCUGGACAUGAACGUAAUGCCAAGAAAUCAAUUACCUAACUCAGUAAUUACUCUUCUCAGAGGGC